CAGCAAAAAAACUAGGAAUUUAGUGUCCCAUUAUUGUCCCUUGAUUUUGAUGCUCUGGUUUAAUGUUAAAAGUAGAAGACUCAGCGCAAACAGAUGAUAAUUCGAGGCCGUCUUUGGAACAGUGGUCUACAUUUAUUCCGAGCUCCAAGAAGGAUGAUGUCGUCUUUUUCCGAAUGGAUACACCCUCACAGCUAGAAAACGAAUAUGAAUUUGGACCUGUCUUGGGUGAAGGAACCUUCGGUAUUGUAUUUCGUGGAAUAAGAAAAAAAGACAACGCGAAGUGUGCCAUCAAAAAAAUACUUCGUGAAAGAACGUUCUCGGCUAGUGAGCGAGCCAGGCUGGAUCGUGAGAUCUCCAUACUUCGACUUGUACGUCACCCCGGUAUUAUUGAGUUGUAUGCUGUAGCAGAGUCGCCUUCAAUACUCUUUCUGAUAACAGAACUUUGUGAAGGCAGUAGCCUCGCUCAUUGUCUUGAGAAUCUUCCCUCUAAGACGGGCUUGGAAGAGAACGUUGUUGUGGAAAUACUCAGGCAGGUCACGGCUGCUUUGUCAUAUCUGCACAAUCGUGGAAUUAUACAUCGUGACUUAAAACCAUGUAAUAUUAUGCUUCUACACAAGGUAAAUCUGAGUUAUCGGAAACUAUCUUGCGACAAACCAACAACCAAAGACAGCCGGUCUGAUCUUGAAGCUUACAACGCUCGGAAAAUCAUUAAUGUUCGUUCCGUCCCCGUUAUUACUGAUGUGGACCUCACACAAGUACAACGAAAUCCACAAAACCGAGGACUCUCACGGCCGCGAUAUCUUCGGGGGUCUGGAAAGCAUCCAGCCUCAGCAUCCUCACUUUUGACCCAAGCGCCUGAGGAUCGAGCACGCAGGUAUGCACCUUCCGCACCGACUAGCGCAAACGGUGUAUCCCGACCAACGCACACAUCGCCGUUGCCCCUUCAAAUUAGGACGAAGAUAAUUGACUUUGGUUUGGCCAUUGAGGUGCGGAAAAACGAAGAGCCACUUGGAAAUCCUUGUGGCACCCCUCUGUAUAUGGCCCCAGAGGUGUUAUCGGGUCGCUCCUAUACUCGUCAGUGUGAUGUUUGGAGUCUUGGAAUACUUACUUAUCAACUGCUGACUCGCCAGAUCCCCUUUACGGCUCAGACGGAGGAGCAGUUACUUGAGCAGAUGAACGCCUCAGAAAUUCGUUCGCAUAUUUUAUCUUUACGCUAUAUCACUCCACUUGCUCAAUCCUGCUUGCUCCGUAUCCUUCAUAUGGAUCCUGCCUACCGGUAUUCUGCAUCAGAACUGCUUCUGGAUCCGUGGAUUUCGCAGUUUGGAACAAGCAACUGUGAUGAAGCAGACUCUCGGGGGCAAUGUUCGACCGAAAUUCAAAACGAGAAAUUGACCCGGGGUAGCUUAACUAAAUUUCCUGUUGACGUUUCCGUUUCCGGAGCAGCAGUGGCAGGGGUACCAAGUCGUCCACCCUCUGUUGGCCUAGGAAAUUCCGGAAGCACUUUUUCAGCAACCAACGUCCUCGAAUUGAUGAAACAGUAUCAUAAGGAGCUGGCUACUAGCCGGGCAGAAAUCAGCCAGAAGACGAGAACUGAUAGCACCUCAAUGUGAUUUUCCAGCACACGUGAACCGCACCGAUACCAAGAUGCAUGUAACUUCUUGUUUCCUGAGAUACCUUCAUGUGGCUACCAAAGAUCUUGUUUUGUGCUGUUCUAUGGCGUUUUGUGUAUCAUUUUAACCAUCAAUGUCCAAUUUUGAGUUUCGCACUUCCAAUGAACUCUUCGGACCGAAUUAUUCGCCCGGUGGAUGGCGACAUAAUCUCAAUAUUGUCAAAAACAUUCCAGUCCAAGACUUUUUUCUUGGUAACAUAAUUCUUGCAAAAUGUUUUUCUUGACGGUGAAUUUUUGUUCCCUUGCAUGCCUAAAUAUUUAAUUUGUCUGGAUCCUGGUCUUGUGUUACCAGUCAUGUGCACGGUUCCACUUGGCUUCGAUUAACUUGGCUGUGCUUUUGUUCUGACCCAGAAGAGAACAUGCUACCACAGUUUUUUCCCUUUAGCUUGCUUAAUCGGUUCAAUGGAGUAACUGGCCUUGUGAAGACUAAACCACUUCAUCGGAAUCUUG